AUGAAUAUCUUAUUUUUGCAGCUUCUAGCAUUUUCACAUUCACAGGAGCUGCAGGAUUUUUCAAUAUGUGUCACAUACGAAAACGUUGCACAAAGCUUUUGUCCCAACGAUGUUAAUGCUACAUUCAAACUUUCAAAGAAAAAGGAAGCUGAUCAGAAAUUUUACAAUUGGACUGUAGAAGAAGAUUUUAAUAAGUUUAGUGGUACUAACUAUCUUACGAUUUACAUUGAUUGUUUAGAUGUCGAGAAUCAUUCAAUAGGAAUUGAUGUUUAUGCAGUCAAAGAUGCAAAACAUAUAAGGAUAGUUGGACCAAAUCCCCUAAAUCGAUCAACUUUCAUUUUCAACGUAAAUAAUAUUACGACAUUUGAUGACAUUGAGUUAAACAACAUUGUUGCCGUUAAAGAUAAUACAACAAGCAUGUUUAUGGAAAAACUUAGACUUGUUAAUACUAGAUUUGAUGGAUUUCACAAAUCAUCAUUAUUUUACGGAAAAGAACUUUAUUCAGAUCUCAAUUCUGUGGCAAACCUAUCAUUUAAGUUUGAUAAGCUCUUCUAUGAUUGUGGUGAGACAGAAAAAUUUUAUCCUAAUUACUAUUACGACGGUGUCAUUUUUACAUCAGAAAUUACAUUCAGAAAUUUCAGUUCUGGUAGUUCUCUGUAUCAAUAUGGCAGUGAUAUCAUUAUUAUUCCUAAAUCAAGAGAAUACGGCUUCAGAAAGACGAAUUUUAGAAGCAUCGAUAGGAACGACAUCAAUUAUUAUAUUGAAAUGGAAAAUGGAGAAUUUUCAAUUGGUUGUUUCUUUUCAAAUAAGGCUGUUGCAUUUUAUCAUGUCGAAUUGAAAUUAGUUAAUGCUAAAUUACAAAUUCUAGAUGGAAAAUGGAACGGUGAGCCUCGUUUUUUCUUUGAUUUGAUUAACUCUGAAAUAUUUUUCCAUACAAAUGACAUAUUUUAUCAAUUAUCCGAUAAUGUAUCUAAUUCUUCACUUAAAACAGAUGUUGAUGAACUACAUAUUGAAAGUAUACCUUCCGGAUGUAUUAGUGAAAUUUCCUUUUCAAAAAAUUUUGUAAUUGAUAAUUUGUAUAUCGAUGAUGAUAGUGAAUUUGAUUUCGAUGAUGGAGAAAUUGAUUUAGAUGAUGGAGAAAUUGAUUACGAUGAUGAAGACCCAUAUAACGAUGAUCAAACAACAAAUAUAACAAUCCAUGCAGAAGAAUUAACGAUAGGGUAUCUCUAUGUAGAUUGGAACUUCACAAAUUUCACGAUUUUUGGAGGAAAAGUUUAUAUAAAGGAAAUUGAUGGCACAUUUGAUACAAUUUUUAUAGAAAACCUUGGAUUUUUACCUGAAGGUAUUCUUAUAGAUGAUAGGCAAUCAGUACCUCAGAUAAUUGUAUCAAACCCUGUCACUGAUGAUAUUGAUACAUGUUUCAAAUUCCAUUCUGAGGAUAUGUCUGUCCUAAUGGAUGAUUUUCGAUUAUUAACAAUUCCGAAAACUUCAAAAGUCAGAAUUUCGCCUGAUGUCGAACAUAACAUUUUCCCAUGCAAGCUAGAAACAAUUGAAGAAGAAGAUAAUAUUGUUUAUACAAUGCAAUAUAUCUUAAACUCAAGUAAAUUCUGUGUUUCAGAUGACGGAACUGAUGAAUGUGGAAUUGAUAAUUGCAACAAAACAACAGAGACAUAUUUAAGUAAAUUAAUCAAAGAUAUCCCAAAGCAGCUCUAUCCAUCAAUUUCACUCUCAUUUUUCCUCAAAACAUCAAAACCUUUCGUUGUUGAUGUUUAUGAUCCUGAAUAUCCAUUUGGAAGCUUGUACUUUGAAGGUCGUAAUAAUAGUGUGCUUAUUAUCAAUGAUUACUCUGUUGCUACAAAUCUCUCUAUAUGGAAUUUGAAACUUGAAGUCCAAUCAAGCAAAACAUUUGUUAAUUAUUUGAAUGUUACAAAUUCUACUCUUCCUGAAAAUAUUGCUCAAUGUACCUUCAAUAAAUUAGAUAUAGAUGAAGGUACAUUCGCAAAAUAUGGGUUUAACCGUAAUUCGAAGAUCAUAGAUACUCUCGUUGUAUAUACUAAGACAUUAUAUAUGACAGACACUGGAUUUUCACCUGACAUUCCUUUAGUUACUGAUGAAAAACCAUUAAUCAUUGUUAGAAAUGUUUCACUUGUCACGAGAUCUGGAGGUUUUAAUGGAGAUUGUCGUGUUAAAAUUGAACCUGAUGAAAGAAUUGAAUUCACAACAAAUAAUUAUGGAGAUAUCAAGUUCAGUUUGGAAGGAACCGCUGAGUGUAAUAUUCAUUUCAAAGCGUUCUUCCCUGCAGAUAUUGUAAAAACUUAUGAUCAUGACUGUUUAUACAAUUUUCAUCCGCACUUCUGGGGUUCAAAACUCACUUCAGCUAGAAAAUUCUGCUCAUCUAUAGACAUAUAUCCUGAUAAUGAAAUCACGAUUGUUCUUGGAGAUGAAGCCUAUAAAUGUCAUGGAAAGGUAGAAAAUAAAUUUAUGGCUGACAUGUUCAUCGAUAAAUUGGAUAUAAUUGGUACUGUUAAACUCCACAAUGUUAUAUUGAAUAAGACAAUACAUUUAGAUGUUGGAACUUACUUAUCAGUUGAUACUUUAUCAAUUCCUUUUGAUGAUUUCUUACUCCAUGUUAAAUGGGAUCUAAAGAAUGCACCUCUUAUUAUGGCUCGUAAUUUUAGCGCGAAAUAUGCGAAAUCUUAUAGUCCUUUCAUUUUUGUAUAUCCGGAAGAACCAGUUGAUUUUGAGGAAUUCAACAAUUCAAGAGACAUCUUCAAGUUCGGUAUUCCUAUAUUUUGUACAGAAAAUAGUGACUAUCCAGGCUACAUUUCAAGUUAUGUAAAUUUGUUUUAUUUCAAUGAUACGAUACCUGUUGUUACAACAGCAAGAUUUCCAUAUGGUGUUACACAUCACCCUGAUUCUUGCAUUAAGAUUAUCCCUUAUGAACCAAGCCCUAAAAAUGGUAAGGUCCGCGGUCCUGCUAAAAAAGGCGGAUGGAUUUUUAUAGUUGUUAUUUCUUUUAUACUUUUAUUCAUUUGCUGCAUAUUCUUUAUUAUAAGUUUUAUGUGUCCAAAGAAGAUAAUCAAUACAUAUGUGAACACUGUUUUGGGUGUUUUAGAAUAA